AUUUUUUAACCGAUUUUUUUUUAUUCUGGUUAAAUUAUGGGUUUUCGUGUUUUACAGUUUUCUGGGUUUAAGUAAUUUUCCCCUGUUUUUGCGUUUUUUUUUUCAGUUUAUGGGUGUUUUUUUUCUAUCUUUUAUUGUUGUUUAAACACAAUUUCUGUAUUUUAUUUGUAUAUUAAUUUGUUGUUGUGAGUAUGUGCUCAUCAUCAUCUUGGAUUUUUAUGUUUUUAUUUUUUAUUUUUUAAUAUGGGAAAAAGAUCUUGUUGAUUUUGAAUUGUGGAAAAUCCAUCAGAUUUUGUUUUUAUAUUUAUAUCUAUGUGGGUUUUUUUCUUUACUGCUUUUUCUUGUUAAUCUCCGUAUAAUUCGGCAAAAAUCUAUGGUUAUCGACUUAAUUGUACUUGGCUUGAUUGUCUUGCCUUAUUAAUCUGGAAAAAAAGGGGAAUAAUUUUGUUACAUUGCAAAUUUUUGGUAGUUUUUCACUUAAUUUAUAAACAAAUUUUUCUUUGUGGGUUUAAAAAUUUGGGUUUUUGGUGCAGGUGGGAAGACUGAAGAAUUAGAAGGAUGUACCCAAGAAGGCAGAGUAUUCUGGGAGCAGUUGGUGAUGCUGCACUCAGAAGUCCCCUACCCAACCAUGUCCUAAUUAACCCUAAAGUGGAAGUAACUGAGUCUAUAUUGGAGGGUUCAUUCUAUGAGAUUGAUCACUCAAAGCUACUUCCUGGAACACCUGCUACACUUCGUUCUGUUCGAGCAGUUAUGGUAACUGCAAAAUCUGAGCUGAAUGUGACUGUAAGAUAUCCUAGCACUCGUUCUCUAGCAGCAUACUUUGGCAAUUCAGACCAUAUAGCUCUUAGAUCAGAACUUUACCCUGCAUUGGAUGAAAAGUUCAUGAUGAUGCCAAAGCUUGCCGUUGAAGUUCUAAAGCGCGAAAUCCCAUCUCGUCAAUUUGAGGAGUUUAGGAACUCCAUGUCCUUCUGGUUAAUCAAGUCUUCAAGGACAGAACAGCAGUUUCCCUUGCCAGUAACACAACGUGAUUCUGGGGCUAAGCAUGGGCCAUGCUUUUCCAAGCUCCUUGGUAGCGAACUCAAAGGAUGGGGUCUCAAGAAGGUUGUUGCCUACGUUCCCAAUACUGAAGAGUCCGAUGACCCUGGGAAGCAAAUGAAUAUCACUUCUGCAGAGGGUAAAGAAAGUGUGAAAGAAGAGGUUUGCUGUGAAACUAAAGUCCAAGAAACCAUUCAAUAUAGCAGGAAAAGGAAGCGUGGUAGACCUCCACAUUCUCAAAGCAAGAAGAGAAAACAAAUUAUUAAGCAAGAAGGUAUUGAAUUUAAAGCUAAAAUCAAGGGGAACAUUGAUAAGCAGUAUGUUGACAGAUGGCCUUCAAAAAGGUAUGAAGCAGCUGCAGCUGAAUUGGUAGAGGUUUUGAAGAAUAAUGGAGCAGAUAAUAGCAACCCAAUUUCCCGUUUCCAGCUAAGGAGAGAAGCAAGGAAAAGAAUUGGUGACACAGGUCUUUUAGACCAUCUGCUUAAGCACCUUGCAGGCAAAGUGGUGCCACGUGAUGGGAUUGAUCGCCUUCGUAGGAGGUGUGAUACUGAAGGUAAGAUGGAGUAUUGGAUCGAGAGUGCUGAUCUGGUUAACAUCAGGAAGGAAGCUGGAGUUGCAGAUCCUUACUGGGUUCCACCUCCUGGAUGGAAGCUUGGAGAUAGCAUCAGGAUUCCCAAUUGUAUGUGUCGUCAAGAAUUAAAGAAGCUGAAGGAACAGCUUAGCAUCAUGAGAAGCAGACAAAUGUCAGAGCUGAAAACAAAGGAUGAAAUUGAACAGCCAGUCACUUUAGUGAUGCCAGAUAGUGCAGUGUCUUCUUGGAAACGAGGGGAUAGUAAUCUGAACGCAAAGGAAACCUAUGAGGUUCUGAUGAAGAAGAAAUUUCUUAUGGAGACGCAACUACUUCAGCUUUCAAAAGCUUUGGUGGAAUUGGAGUAUUGCAUGCAGGAAGACAUGAAAUCGCAAUCUGAGAAAGCUGAAGCAGCAGAGAAUGAGCAACUGAUGCCAUCUGUCUCCAAGAGCUUACCAAUAGCAGAGAUGACUGAAGACUUAGCAGAACCAGCAGCAGAAGAGGUAAAUGAAAGUCGGGAUGUAGAAGAGGAGAAAGAAAGCCGAUCCAAGAGAUUGAUAGUCAAACUCAAACCGUGCAGGCGCCUAGAUAACAACGACACAUCAAUGUCUCAAAACGUUGAGUAUGUGGUGCAGGAUAACGUCGCUCUGGCAUCUGCUUCAGGCUCCCCUCUCUCUACUACCACUUCAUAAACUGAUAUCUGACAACUUAGCGGACUCUUGUAUAGAAUGUGAAGAAGGGGCAAUCCUUCAAAAUUUUGACAUCUUAGUUAGAACUGUUAAUGUCCUUUACAAGCUUAUGCUUGAUACUUGAUAGUAAAGUAAUAGGUUAGUGAGAUAGAUUAAGGAAAUACUGUGGUCUGUGGGGCAUGCAUGACCUGCACAUGUAUUGUAUACACUUCAAUGUAUGUCGUUUAGUAACAGCUAUCUCUGCUGAAAUGACCUGCUUAUCCAGUUAUCCUAGUAACUAUUUGUGGUUUCUGACUUUAAUUUCAUAUUACAAUGUUGAUUUGCUUUGUUUA